CCAGCAUUGAAAUUAGGUUGUUAAUUAUUGAUAAUUACACGAAUGUAGGGUCGUUUUGUCUGAAGAUCCCCAAUUAGUAAACGCCAGCUAUAUAUAUUUAUUACUAAAACACUUCUCAGAUUAUCUAAUUCUUAUACGUUUAGUCUCUACUCUCCAUCUAGCUAGGGGUACAUUUUUAACUCUGAACAAACUUAUUACUAAAUCCAUCCAAAAGGUUAUUAGAUAUCCAUUAAUAACUUAACUUGAUGCAUUAGCCUCCCAACUUUUUUUUCGUUUAGUUUGAUUGAUAAAGAGAGAGAGUAGAGACUAUGAUGUUUCAACAAGAGUAUCCAUAUGACUUCUCACUCAUGAAAACAUCAUCAAUCUACGAAGUCUUGGAUUACUCCAUAGCAGAACAACAUUCUCAUCCAACGGAAAAUCUAUCUUCUCUACAAGCACAAGGUGGUUUUAGUCAAGAACCGCCGCGGAAGAAAAGGAAGAGGAGGAGAACGAGAAGUGAACAAAAGAUAGAAGAGAAAGAGAACCAAAGGAUGAAUCACAUCGCCGUCGAGCGUAACCGGAGAAGGCAGAUGAAUCAUUUUCUCUCCAUUCUCAAAGCUAUGAUGCCUCUCUUUUAUUCUCGGCGUAGUGACCAAGCAUCAAUCAUAGAAGGGACUAUAAACUAUCUAAAGAAGCAAGAACAACUUCUUCAAUCAUUCGAGGCCCAAUUAAAACCCACGAAACCUAAUCAAUCGAUAAACAUAUUAUCCAACUUCUUCAACUUCCCUCAAUACUCCACCGCCACCGCUUGCGCCUCGAGCCGCCACCACCACAACGGACUUGCGGUGGUGGCUAACGUGGAAGUUACUAUGGUCGAAAUGCAUGCUAACAUUAAGGUGUUAACAAAGACUCGCCGAAGAUUGUUGUUCAAGAUGAUCAAUGAGUUUGACUCCUUAGGUUUAACUAUAUUUCAUCCAGUGGCGGAGCCAGUGUGCUAUGAGGGGUGUCAAUUGACCCAUGUCAAUUUUUGCAAAACCAAAAAUUUACUUGUAUUUUCAAAGAAAAAUCUGGUGAAUUUAGUCUAUUGACCCUUGCAAAAUACAUUUGUUAUCAUAUUGACCCCUCUAAAAUAAAAUUUUACCUCCGCCACUGAUUUCAUCUCAACCUCACAACUUCCAGUAACAUGUCUCUUUUCACUUUUAGCGUCAAGGUAGAUGAAGACUGUCGCUUAACGACUACAGCUAAUGAGAUCGCAGAUGCGGUGCAUGAAGUCGUUAGCAGAAUUCACAAGGGACACUGACCUUUUUGGUAAAGGCCAAAAGAGAAGAAAAAUGAACUUUGUUUACGUUAACUUUGGACUUCUAUCUUCUAUAAAUUUACUAUAGAUUAUAUUUCUGGUUUACCUAUCUCGAUUUACACACGGAGAAAUUUAGAAAAGAAACAAAAACUUGCGUAUAAAAUAUGUAAAAGAAAGUUUCAUAUUUACAAUAAA